CCAUCACUAGCAUUGUUUACAUCGGCGAAAGCGGUGUUUGGUUUCGGUCGCUCUGGAACGGAACGUGAAAAUUGACUAUUUUUGUAUGAAAAAGUAUGUUUGCUGUGUAAAAUUGUGCAAAAAUGUCUGCCGAACUGAGAAUUGUGAAGCUUUUCGAAGAAGUGUUGGAGGACAAAAACAUCGUUCCAAGCUUCGAUGAGGAAGAGCAGCGUAAAAAGACCGAAGAGGGGUAUAAGAAAAUCGGUACCCUGUUCGGUGCGAUGACGCCGGAAGUGAAGGAAGCGUCCAUCCGCAGCUACCUCGGCUACGUGGCCACCGUGAACCACCAGAACCGGGUGCACAACUAUCUGCAGGUGAUGAACCGCAUGGUGGCGUUGAACAUCAUCCCCGCGAAGCUGCUGUGCGAUCAGCUGAUGUGCUCGGAAAAGCUGGUGUACAAGAAUCCGUGCUUUUGGAUCGAAGCAUUCCGCCUGAUCCGAAAGGUGAUCGGUGGGGUGGAUUACAAAGGGGUGCGGGAAAUCAUGAAAUGCUGCAAGGAGAAGGCACUUUCCUUCCCUGCCAACGUGAGCGUCAACAUUUUACCGCAGCUGCUCGAGCUGAUCGAGCUGAUCGAGCAUAUCUUCAACCGGAACGCUUGCCUGCUGCCGGCGUACUUUAUCAUCAACGAAAUCAAGAAAACCGACUACCAGAACAUGCACUGGCGGGUGUCCAACCUGACGGCGAACUUUAUCGAAGAGUUUGUGUCGGUCGCACAGAUGCUGUCGAUCAUUGGCCACUCGUCGAUGCUGCCGAUCGUGGAGCAUUCGUCGUACGCCGACAAUCUUAUCAUACCGUGGAAGCUGGAUCCGGACACGCUGAAGCUUUCGCUGCGGGGCAAUCUCCCGUACGACGAGGAGCUACUGCAACCGCAGGCCCGUUUGCUGCGGUUCGUGCUGCAGCAGCCCUAUUCGCGCGACAUGGUAUGCUCGAUGCUGAACUUCCAAAAGCAGCAGAAACAAAAGUGUGCCGCGCUCGAGGAGCAGCUGGUGUGGUUGGUGCUGAACGCGAUGGAGUAUUCGGAAAAGGAGGGAGCGCAGGGCCAGGGUGCGGCCGGUGCCGCGAUGGGCAACGAGCACGACAACGAUCAAAGCCACACGCAGUGGGUUUGGUUGCAUCUCAGCUCGCAGUUGAUCUACUUCGUGCUGUUUCAGUUCGCCACGUUCCAGAACAUUGUGAACGCGCUGCACGAAAAGCUGGCGGUGCGAAAUUUGCGCCGCGGUCGGGACCAUUUGAUGUGGGUGUUUUUGCAGUAUAUAUCGGGCAGCAUACAGAAGCACUCGAUACUGAACUUUUUGCCGAUACUGAAGCUGUACGACAUACUGUACCCCGAGAAGGAGCCGCUACCGGUGCCGGAUAAUAACAAUCCGAACUGCACGCAUCAGAUGGCACCGACCUGCAUCUGGAUCCAUCUGAUGAAGCGUGCCCAGACGGAGAACUACAACAUCAAUCGACCGAUACCGAUCGCGCUACGGUUGCACUUCGAGUAUCUGCAGCAUCUCGCCAUGCCGAGCAACAAUCCGACACUGUUCAUGGGGUCGGAGUAUCGGUUCGCGCUGCUGUGCAACGCGUACUCCACCCAGACGGAUUACUUUUCCCGCCCGAUGCAGGCGCUGAUCGAUACGAUACUGGGCAACAGCAAGAACCCGCAGGCCAACAUGGUCGGCGGUGGUGGCGUACAGCCGCUUCCGACCGCUCCACUCUCGAUGCGGGUGCUGGACAGCCUGACCAUCCACAGCAAGAUGUCGCUGAUACACAGCAUCGUGAUGCACAUGAUUAAACAGGCGCAGAACAAAAGCUCCAUCCCGAACGGGAACAACAUGGCACCGGCGCUGGUGGAAACGUAUUCGCGGCUGCUCGUGUACACCGAGAUCGAGUCGCUCGGCAUCAAGGGCUUCCUGGGACAGUUGCUGCCGCAGGUGUUCAAAUCGCAGGCCUGGGGCAUACUGUACACGCUGCUGGAGAUGUUCUCCUACCGCAUGCAUCACAUCCACUCGCACUACCGGGUGCAGCUGUUGACGCACCUGCAUUCGCUGGCUUCGGUACCGCACACGAAUCAAAUGCAGCUUCACUCCUGCGUUGAAUCGACCGCCCUUCGCCUCAUCAUCGGGCUCGGUUCCGUGGAAGUGCAGGCCCAGCUGUCCCGCUAUCUGAGCGAACCGAAACCACCGGGCAAUAUUGUAUCGGCCGAAAGCGAAGAGCUGAACCGGGCGCUCAUACUAACGCUCGCCCGCUCGAUGCACAUCACCGGCACCGGGAGCGAUCCGCAAUCGAGUGCCUGGUGCAAGGAUUUGCUGCAGAACAUUAUGCUCAACACGCCACACGCCUGGCCCCAGCACACGCUGUACUGCUUUCCGCCGGUGCUGAACGAAUUCUUCAUGCAGCACAACAUACCGAAGGAAAGCAAACAGCUGCUGAAGAAGACGGUGGACGAGGAGUACCGCAACUGGGCGUCGAUGACGAACGAGAACGACAUCAUCGCCCAUUUCGGCAUGACCGUAAAUCCGCCGCUCUUUCUCUGUCUGGUGUUUAAGAUGAUUAUCGAAACGGACGGCAUCAGUCCGGUGGCGUACAAAAUUCUGGAACGCAUCGGUGCCCGCGCGCUGUCCACCCAUCUGCGCAAAAUGUGCGACUAUCUGCUGUUCGAGGUGGCCAACUCGGGCGGUGGAGCACACGUAAACAAGUGCGUCGACACGAUCAACGAUAUGAUCUGGAAGUAUAACAUCGUGACGAUCGAUCGGCUCGUGCUGUGCCUGAUACUGCGCACGCUCGACGGUAACGAGGCGCAGGUUAGCUUCUACAUCAUUCAGCUGCUGCUGCUGAAAACGUCCGAGUUCCGCAACCGGGUGCAGGAGUUCAUCACGAUCAACUCGCCGGAACACUGGAAGCAGAACAACUGGCACGAACGGCACCUGGCCUUUCACCAGAAGUUCCCGGAAAAGUUUGCACCGGACGAGUCCGUGUCCCAUCCGACGCUGCCGGUCUACUUCGGGAACGUGUGUCUCCGGUUUCUGCCCGUGCUGGACAUUAUCGUGCACCGGUUUCUGGAGGUGCCGACGCAGCUGAGCAAAACGCUCGACGUGAUACUGGACCAUUUGGGAUCGCUGUACAAAUUUCACGACCGUCCCAUUACGUACCUUUACAACACGCUGCACUAUUACGAGCGCAAGCUGCGGGACAGGCCACAGCUGAAAAAGCGUUUGGUCGGUACGGUGGUGGGAUCGCUGAAGGAUGUGCGGCCGGAAAAUUGGGCCCUUACCGAAGCCUAUCAGGCGUACGUGCUGACGAAGGAGACGGACAACGUUAACUGGGUGCCGGAGUUGACCUACUACAUCAAUCUUGUGCGACGCAUGCAAGACACUAUGGAUGGGAAAAAUGUCUUUUCAGGCACGGAUUGGCGGUUCAACGAGUUCCCGAACCCACCGGCCCAUGCACUGUACGUGACGUGUGUCGAGCUGCUGGGAUUGCCGGUCGGGCCCAACGUGGUCGCAAACAGCAUCAUCGAUGUGCUGGUGAAGGGGUACACCGUGGUACCGAACGCCGUCAUACACAACUGGGCGAACACGAUCGGGUUGAUAAUGUCCGCGCUGCCGGAAGCUUACUGGAGCGUCAUUUACGAGCGCAUGCAGGGUGCGCUGGGUUCGAAGUCGAUGAAGGACUGGGCCUACCGGCAGAGCCCGUUCGAGAUGUUUAACUUUAAGAUCGUGAAGGAGUCGAUGCUCGACCGGAGCUACGUAACGGUGCUGGCGAUUGUGCACAGCAUUUUCCACCAUUUCGGCAUCGGGCAGCUAGCUACCAUUACGGAGUCAAUUAAGGAGAAGCUGAAACCGCUGGUCCACACCGAGUAUCAGCUCAUCUACGUCUGUCACGUGGUAGGGCCGUUCCUGCAUCGGUUGAGCAUUGAGCGAGCGCGCGCCGUCUCGGACAUCACGCUCAUGCUGUACGAGCUGCUGGAACAGGUGGACAAGGCGCAGCCAACGCAACCGUUACGCUACAUGGAUCCGAUCUGCGAUUUGCUGUACCACAUCAAGUACAUGUUCGUCGGCGAUACGAUGAAGACGGAGCUGGAAGCUAUCAUUCGCCGUCUGCGGCCCGCUCUUCAGAUGCGACUGCGCUUCAUAACGCGCCUGAAUGUGGAGGAAAUUGGUGUUGAUCAGACAGCCGCUGGUGGGCAAGGAAAUGCUGCUGCUGCUACUGCUGCCGGGUCUGCAACGGGCGCCUCACUGGCACCGGGUGCAGCUUCCGGUACGGCGUCCGGAACACCGCAAGGGUUGGCAGUUGCUGCUGGACAGGGUGCGGCCGGCUCGGGCACCGGUGGAUCACAGCAGACACAACAGGUAGGCGCUGUGGGCAAUCAAAAUGUUGCGUUACAGCAGCAACUGCAACAGCAGUUGGGUCAGCAGGGCAUUCAGUCACAUCAUUAAAGGAUGCUACAGGGGACUGACAGUUUUACUAUAUCACUAGAACUAGAAGCGUGUUAGUGUGCGCACUAAAUGCUAGACGAUCGUAUAAGUAUAAAAAAAAACACUACAUUCGAUCUUUAUCGUA